AUGAACGAGGGAGCGGCGCUAGUGUUCGCAGACGAGCUGAAACAGACACUAGACAGAUAUUUGUUUGGCAUAUGCCCUCAGAGCUUCAAGUCUCGUUGGUUCCAGUUGCCGCUCAAGGGGAAGAAUAUGACCAAUGUCGCCUGUGACCUCGAUCUGGAUCAGCAGGACCUGGCUGGCAGGUUGGCAACACUAGCAUUACGUGCUCACACAGCUGCGCGGACUGACUGCGGUCGGUUUGCGGCGGCACUUGCUAACACGCUCGGAGACUUAGCGCGCACUGCCGCUAAUAGACAGCUUUUAGCUGCCGCUGCGAGCAACGAGCAAAAGAAACGAAAACUAUCAAAGAGCCAAAAGAUGAAGAUUCAAGCGAAACAGAGGACUGCUCUCGCUGUCAAGAAGAAGGCUGCCGCCGCCGCUGCAGCUGCCGCCGCUAAAAUGUCAGCUUAAGUUAUGAAGACUACUUUUACACUCGAUUAGAACGCACAAAUUAUUGGGCCAUGAAUGUACUCUAACAUUAUAAUGUUGUAAUUCUCUUCGAAUCUCUUUAAAGCCGUCACUAUACUGUAUAAGAUUGUAUUCGCUAUCCAUUUAAUAUUUUAUGUUAUAUAUUAUAAUAAUUAUAUUGUAGAACAUUCAUUCAGUUCACUGAUAGAAUGGAAUAGAUUGCAAAAUGGUAUUGGUAGUGAUUAAUAAGUAAUUUAAUAUAACAUGUCUGUAUAUAAUUAUCUCACUGCUCGGUAAAUGUAUUUUCUCGCUUCACACAGACAUGCCAUAAGCAUCAAUCACCUGAUCACUACAUACACAUGGUAGAGGUGACUUUAGACUUAUUUAUUUGUUAUUCACGCCCAGGUUUGCCCAUUUAUAGUCUAUUUUUUGUUCAAAAUCUAUCCUGAAUCCAAUGUUGGAUUAAUUCUUCUCUGAGCUAAUAUUGACUUGCUAUAUGCAAGUGGUUUAUAUAUAUCGUAACAUAAAGAUUGUAUUUUACUCAUACAUAUUUCUUAUAUGACUUGUGUAUGAAUGUAUUUAAGAUGUAUGCAUUCAUUUGUAAAUGUUCCUAAUACGUAUAUUUAGCGUAUAAGUGUGAAAGAUGAUGUCAGUCUCGGUUUGAGUCUGAAUUGAUUAAAGAUGUGAUGUAUUUAUUAAAAUGAUUAAGCGUCAAAUAUUGUAAUAUUGUUCAGUUUUAAGUCGUUUCACAACUGAAUUUUCAAUUGUCAUUGUCAAUUAUUUCGUCGCUAAAAUUUAUUUUAAAGCUAAAAUAUUUGUCGUUUGUUUAACAAACUACGCCAAUCAACAUCGUACUAGGUAUGUAUCCCGCUUAAAAAAAAUAUCACCUUUAUGCCUUCCCUGGACUUCCAUGAAAAUUUCAAGACCAAAAUUUUGCUUAGUUGGUUCAGUGGUUCUUAAGUUUUAGCGAGACUAACGAACGGAAACUUUUUCUUAUUUAUAGAUUACAUAGGCCAUUGAUAGUCGUCAUACACCAUAAUGGUGAUAGUGUUGUGGUAUUCAGAUAAAUGUUUUCAGCUUUCGAAUUGACAUAGUUUCUCUCAAUAUAUUUAAAUCUAAGUAUGAAUUAGGAGAUUUUUGAUUGCUAGUCAUUUGAUCUAGAUAAAGAUCUAAAAAGUGUUAAUUUGAUGAAUUGUCAGUACCGUCAUUACUACAAUGACAUCGGGGCUCGUGCCUAGGGGCCAUCCUCAAGGGGUCCCGAAGGACCGAUAAUUUCUACGACGGACACACACAAAGAUUUGCUUCUUUGCUACACAUAGUGUGGCAACCGACUGCUGCACAAAUUGUUGUUUUGGGUCUAGGUGUCAUGUGUAUGUGAACUUGUAUGUUUGUAAGCACACACGACACAGGAGAAAAUCCUAGGGCGGUGUAACGUCAAAAAAACAUUACGCAAGGGUCCUGAAUUAUUGUGUGCCAGCGUAGUCUUAGGCGGCCCUAUGAAUUAUUUAUUGUGCGUUAAUGUGAGAUUAGCGCACUAUUAUUAAUUAUCUUUUUAUGUAUGCCUAUAAAGUGUUAUAACGAUGUUUUUAUUGUCAUAAUGACAAUGUUUAUAAUGGUAAGGAAUUUGUA